AAUGGAAUCUGCGGCGCUACUUGGCCUUUUUUUCCCGGGGCCAGAGCUGGCUCGCUACCAUACGGACGACGCAACGUUCAGUAAGCCGCCGACUGCGCUCAAGAGUAGUUUGCUGUCUACUUCGGAAACGGUCGUACGGACGUGAUCGUUCGAGCCAUAAACAGUCACUCGAAAAAAGCUCUCCUACUGCUGCUGCAUACGGGUUUUCUUUUAGGAUGAGGUGAUGCACUAAUCGGUAGGAACGAAACAGUUGACGAACACGAACUCCUCCACAUACACGAGACUACCGUAAAACAAGGCAAGCAGUACACGCCGUUGGAGGAUCGCCGAAGGAAGCAUCAGAACGGAGACGAAGGUCUAGCGUCCUCAAGAAGCAACCGAAGCCACACAAACAACCCCCCCACUGGGAGUCGUUGACGGGGUGCGGGCGUUUUUUGGCUGUUCUGGGCCGCCAGGGAAGCGCAGCAGAAGCAAAAUCGGAGGCGAACGAGCACAACCAUGUUUCCGCUUCACAAAGGAGCGGAGCUAUUCUUGGCAAUAGCGAUACUAGCAUUAUGGAGCGGCAAUGAAUCACUGGCAGCCGACAGCAACCAGCGCGUCGUGUGCUACUACACAAACUGGUCCGUCUACCGACCGGGCACCGCCAAGUUCACACCGCAAAACAUCAACCCGUAUCUCUGCACCCAUCUGAUCUACUCGUUCGGUGGCUUUACGAAGGAAAACACGUUGAAACCGUACGACAAGUACCAGGAUAUCGAGCAAGGUGGAUUUGCCAAGUUUACCGGGCUGAAGACGUACAACAAAAAUCUGAAAACGUUGCUGGCAAUCGGUGGCUGGAAUGAGGGUUCGUCGCGUUUCUCACCGCUGGUGGCGGACGCCGAACGACGCAACCAGUUCGUAAAGAAUACGAUCAAAUUUUUGCGCCAAAAUCAUUUCGAUGGGCUCGACCUGGACUGGGAGUAUCCGGCGUUCCGGGAUGGUUCGAAGCCGAAGGAUCGGGAGAACUAUGCCCAGCUGGUGCAGGAGUUGCGCGAGGAGUUUGAGCGUGAGGCGUCGAAGACGGGCCGUCCAAGGUUGCUGCUGACGAUGGCUGUACCGGCCGGUAUCGAGUACGUCGAGAAGGGUUACGAUGUGCCGAAGCUGAACAAGUAUCUGGAUUGGUUCAAUCUACUGUCGUACGAUUAUCAUAGUGCGUACGAACCGGCAGUCAAUCAUCAUUCGCCGUUGUUUUCGCUGGAGGAGGCGUCCGAGUAUAACUUCGACUCGGAGCUCAACAUUGAUUAUAGUGUGAAGUUCUACCUGAAAGCUGGUGCAGAUCGUGACAAGCUUGUGCUUGGUAUUCCAACGUACGGUCGCUCGUACACGCUGUACAACCCGGACGCUACCGACAUUGGUGCGCCGGCCGACGGUCCCGGAGAGCAGGGUGAUGCAACGCGCGAAAAAGGCUACCUAGCGUACUACGAAAUUUGCUCCAACCUUAAGGACAGCUCCGACUGGACGGUGGUCCAGCCCAAUCCGAAAGCAAUGGGUCCGUACGCGUACAAGGGUAACCAGUGGGUCGGCUACGACGAUGAGGCAAUCGCACGCCGCAAGGCAAAGUACGUCGCCGAGAACGGGCUCGGUGGUAUCAUGUUCUGGUCGAUCGAUAACGAUGACUUUAGGGGAACCUGUCACGGCAAACCGUACCCUAUCAUUGAAGCAGCCAAGGAAGCACUGCUGGCCAGCACAGAAGUGGGCAUAAACGAUGUUGCUUCAUCGGGCCGACCGCGGAAACCGAACCGUUCGCGCAGUCGCCCUGGUUCAGCAACGCGCAACCGUGUGAAUACUGACAACAAUAACGAAAUUAAGGCAUCGUUCAAAACAUCUCCAGGGCGUAAGGUAGCGCGGCCGGUACGUGUUACAACGACCAGCACCACCACCACGACCACGACGGAAGAUUCUUUGUACAUUGGCGGAAGAACCACAACACCGCAGCCGCCAACUACUCCUGAUCCAGGCGCAGAUUUCAAAUGCGAAGAUGAAGGUUUCUUCCCGCAUCCACGCGAUUGCAAAAAAUACUUCUGGUGUUUGGAUAGUCCCAGCCUCGGUCUGGUGGCGCAUCAGUUUACCUGCCCAUCGGGGCUGGUGUUUAACAAGCUGGCCGAUUCGUGCGAUUACGCUCGUAAUGUGAUCUGCUCCAAGACCGUCGCAACGACUUCAACCACAAGCACGACGAGCACCACCACAACGGUGGCAACACCCACCACAUCAACCACACCGCGACCGCGCCUCACAAUUCCCACCAAUCGCAAUAACUUCUUCAACCGUGGAACGUUUACCACCACGACCACCACGGAACCGACCGUGGAGGUAGACUACUCCGACGAGGAUAACACCGAAACGCAGCCAGAGGAGGACCCGAAGGUGAUCAAGGAGCUGAUUGCACUGAUCAAAAAGGUUGGCGGCAUUGAGGAGCUGGAGAAGCAGCUCCAGGCGCAGGAAGAUGGGUCCAUACUGUUGAAAGAUGCGGCCUCGGAUCAAAUAUCGACGACAGCACCAACCAUUAGCAAAUCGCUGUACGAACGUGUACUGAGCCGUACUGGAACGGUGGGACAGAAGUUCCGCCCGGCCAUCACCUUCACCCAGCAGGAUAAGACGGGUUCGCUGCCGGAGAACAAAUACUCAUCGGUGGUGCGCAACUCGUACACGAACAGUCGCGUAGGACCGCAAAAUGAAGGACUCGACCAGUUGCCCGAAUUUGAGGGUGUGUUCCGCGAGAAGCCUAAGUACGUCACGUUGCAACGAGUGCGUCCGACUAAGGCAACUUCGAUCGAGGAUCGGUACGAUGACGAUGAGGAUAUAGACGAGGAAGAGAAUCAACCGUCUACGUUCACAACGAGCAAACCGACCUCCGUUCCGAAGUACGUCAGUAUCAGACGUCAGCGUCCGACAACGGUUGCCGAGCAGGACAGUGAGCUAGACAGUGAUGAUGCGGCACAGGACGAAGAUCGUGAGCCGGAGAAAGCUUCUGCAGGUGGUGCGCAGUACAAUACGGUGAAUCGUAACUGGAACCGCAGGCCGACAGAGGCAUCGAAUGUGGCGGAAAGUGAACCGGAGCGUUCGUCUCCAAAUCGCUACAACACCAUCGAUCGUAGACGGACGACCAGCAUACCGUACACCAGCAGUCGGCUGCAGGAUGCCGAACGUGAUGAUGUAGGCACAGAUUCUUCUCUUUUGGUACCAUCUACAGACUUCCAAACCAUAUACACUACAGCUUCCACCACCACGAUCGAUCCAUCACAAUCUUCAGAACCAAACUUGAUACCUUACAGCACACGACAGUAUAGUAGUGUUGAGCGCGUUAACAGCAACACCAUUAGCAACGACAACGACCGCAGCGGCAAUAGCGAAAGUAGUAGUAGUAAUAGUAGUAACGAUAGCGAUAGUAGUACUGGCAGCGAUACUGCUGCCGCCAAACCGACCAAUUUAGCAUUCGCAAGCGCAACCAGUGCCCCGGCCGGCGACAGUGCUGAAGAGCCGGAGCAGGUGCAGGUGCUGUCGAAUGUCGAGUACCAGCCUUCUUCGGAGGUGACUGACACCACUGUGCCAAUUGUUUCUACCUUGCACAGAACGGACGAUGGUAUUAACGGUGACGGUGCAAACGCACCGCUCGGUGAAUCGAUGCUAGAGGUAACCACCAUACUAAACACAGGUGAAAGCGUUACUGGUAGUAGUGUUAGCAGUCUGGACGCUGGUUUGGAGGGUAGUGAUACAUUUGCUAAUAACGAUAAGAGCUUCGAGCCACUGUACGAUGGUGGUGAGAAAGGGUUCACCGACUACGAGGCGAUCGUUACCACCACCACGACGACCAGUGCACCGUCGGUGCCGUCGACCACGGCGGUCCCAGCGACGGCUAGUUCCCUCACUAACGAUGCUACUUCUAACUCAGUUUUCAAAUUCACAAGAACUAGGAAACCAUCGAUUACCACCACCACCACCGCUACACUAGAACCUGUCACUAACCCUAGUCGGAAAGUUCCCCCGGGAAGUGGUGUUGCUUCGAUAAAGGCAGCCCCACGCCCAUUCGCAGCAGGCGCACGUCGCACACGUCCGACGCGCCUGCCAGACACUGCGAACAGCUUAGCUACCACUGCCGCGCCAGAGCAAGAGUCGACGACACUCCGAUCGGUAAAGGUGAGUUUUUCCAAUGCCCAGAGAUUUGAUCUUUCAGCAAGCCGGCAGCGUAGAGUCGGUACCGCUACGCCCGAAAGUAGCGAAGUGUUAGAUGGUAGACAGAGUAAUGAGCAGCCCGCGACACGCGCCACCGUGCGUGGUAACCGUGGCCGGGUGCGAUUCCGUACUGUGGCCGAGCCAUCGGUCGCCACCUCCGCACCACUCUCUAGCGAUGAUUCGCAAAGCACUAGAUCUUCGAACAAGUUUGCUAGCACAACCACUCAAACUACGCGUCGCCGCUCGAGACCAUCUACCGGAGAACUAGCCACCAAUCGUUUCGCCAUCGGGCGUACUACGACGGUCAGCUCCACGGCGAGCACACCGACAGCCGAACCGUUGACAACCGUCUCCGACCGUGGCUCGUUACGUCGCGUUAACUUUAGCCUGUACAGUGGACGUCGGACGAGCGAACCGGUGUCCACAUCGUCCACCGAAGAACCACGCAUAGAGACGGAAUCGUACGACAGCGUGACACCGGCAGAGAUUAAAUCGUACACACGCGUCGCAGAGGAUCCGUUCAUGGCGCAGGAACGCAUACUGCUUACGCUCGGUACCGCGCUACGGUACGGUUUUAGCAGCCGUAAUGAGCUGACCAGUGGCACACCAAGUCCCACCUUCCCGACGCAACCGGUGCAAGAGUUUUCAAGCACACCAGGUCCGGCCCGUUCCACCUUCAAGGGUCGUCCGUUUGGGCGCGAAAAUGUGGACAACAUGGAAAAUAAUGGGUUGGCCGAAAACUUAAACGACAUGUCAACGGAACAGGCAAAUCUGGCGUUCUUUGAAGACACUGCCACACCUGACGGUCGAUUACUAAGCGAGCUAACAACGGUGUACAAUGUGAACGCGGCUGAAGUCGACACAACUACUCCACAGCCGAGAAAACUCGUGUCGUCCAGCUUAAGAGAUCGGUACACUGCCAGCAGUACAACGGAAGCCGUCGAUACCACACUAAACGUGGUAGUUUCCGAAGUCAAUACGAACAAAACGUUCAUCCCGGGCCGCACACGUCCAACACGCCCGUCUCGGCUCCGUACGACAUUAGAUGCUAGCACAGGAUCGACCGCGAGCGAGCAGGAAGCAACCAGAUCACCAUCGCGUAGACCGUUUAUCGCAAGAAAGCAACCUGACGCUGUCAGUGCGUCACGUUUCUCGCCACCGGAAGAAUCGUUCGGUAACGAUGUGACGGAACGGGCGACGGGUAUUUCAACGACCAAACGGCAACGUGUAAACCGUCGUCGUACCACUACCACGGCGGCACCUACUACCGGCACUACUGCAGCUGACGCAAGUUCUGUCACACGCGGACGUAACGCUUUCAACACCGAUCAACGCCGACAGCGAUUGCCAGGCAACCGGUUUUUGAAGACCGCCUCUACGCCGACUUCUACGGAAGCGUUCACGGCGGAACCCACGUUCCCGGACAGUAAUGUGGCUAACUCGGACUUUACCACCGUGAUCACCGACACGUCUAACGAAAUUGCUUCGGGAUAUGAUUUGCUUAACAGCGACAACUUGCUCAACCUACCAAAUCUUCGCACCAAUGAAGACAUUGACGAGGAAGACGCUACCGAAACGCUGUCCACGCUAGCCGUGGCUGUUACUGAAGCGAAUCCGAGCUCCAAUUUGGUUUCGGGCAGUCUAUCGCAGCAAACGAAGCCUCAGAAGCUAACCAGCUCUGAUGGUACGCGUAUUAACGAUAGUCAACAGAUUGAGUCCGAAUCUAUCCCAAGCCGUAGCUCGACGAGAGUAUUCGGUGGUGGUGCGACCAGACGUAAGUUUACCGGAAAGUUUGUCACGACAGAGGCACCGGAACCGACGGAACCGAUAAAGAAGUUUGUGCCGACGCGCCGAAACCGCCCCUCAUUCUCGCUAGCCCGUAAUAGCCGACUGUCGACCACUACGGAAGACAGUGCGAUUGUCGCUACUACCGCAGACGCAGACGGUAACGUUUCAGGCGGUCCGGCACCGUUCGUACCAUCGCGUAAACGUAAGCCACUGCAGCUCGGUAGCCGCACAUCCACUACGGCAGCACCGGUGAAUGAGAAUGCGAACGGUGAAGAUUCGGUCCAACCGUCCGCACGUCCAACAAGGCGUCGUCCGGCCUACUCACUGAACCGUCCGGCAAGACCACAAGCGUUUGAGAAUUCGUUCGACAAAGCAACGGUAACGUCAAAGCCAGUUGAGCAAAAGUCGAUCAAUCGCACCUCGGUACUGCUACCGAAGCGACCGAAUCUAUUCGCACGUACUACUACCACCACCAGCACGACAACUGCCGCACCGUUGGAAGCGGACGAUUCGGACAGAACGACGCUGGAGGACAGAUUCACGUCCUCGGAAGAACAGCGCUACAGUGGUGAGGAGAAUGAGGGAGACAAUGAAAUUCAACGUCAGGGUAAGAGACUGUUUGGGCAGCUGGGUAGUGAUGCCAGCAAUAGCUUGGUCCCGCAAGAAGUCGACACAGAAAAACCACGCCCAGAACCUACGUACGGUGGAGUGCGAAGACCGGGAUCUCGCGUCGGUCCGACACCGGCCCGUGUUCAGCCGAACUCUGGCAGUAAUAGGUUCAUUUUCAAGAACAACCAACCAGCUGCAACAGGUACUGCGGACGGUUCCGCAUCUGUGACCACGCAACGCACAUUUACAACUCGCACUAGACGUCCGUUCGGCAAUGUUGGAGGAUACAAACCAACGGCACAAAAUGGUACCGUACUGAGCGGUGACUCUGGAGCACCGGUUGCAGGUAGUGUCACUACACCGAGACCACGGUUUACUCCAACGACGCGUACGCGUCCCACAUUCGGUCGACUACGGUCCACCACUGCCUCGCUGGCGAGUAAACCGGACGCAGGCACGGAUGGUGAGCGUGUGGUAGUCGCCUCGACACUGAACGAUCUGGAGCAGGGUGCAGGUUUCGCCACGCGACGCUACCAGCCACGUAAACCAACCAGCCGACGUAACUUUACCUCCGUUAGCGUACCGGUAACGUCGGUGGGUAGUGGUGUGGGCAGUUUUUACAAUGGUACGCGCGCGGGACAGAACGUAACACUGCCGGCGGUGUUCUUACUAACAACGAAAGAUACGGCAGAGGGCAUACAACAGACGACACCAUCACAAACGUACAAGGAGACAACGCUAUCUGCGGCCGAGUUUCCAACCGACGAUACAAAACAGCCUCACGAUUCAACGACCGCUUUUACCGUCGUUUCGCCUAUCGCUACGGAUGAGCUAACACCAACAACAACAACUACCACCACCACCACCACCACAUCGCCCUGGCUUCUGGAGACAGUAAACGGGGCCGAAAACACUACCUCGUACGAGGAUACAGUCAACACAUUCAGAACCACCACCGAAUACUACACCGCAUCUGAUGAGACUCACUACACCACACUGAAUACGGCUGACACGAUCUACACGAUUAAUGAUAAUAUCGAUAUUGAUGAUGUCAAUGUAUUGCAGGACCGUAGUAGAACGUCGACGACCACCGUCAAGCCCACCACGCUGUACCACGUGUUCUCGAUCGAUAAGGAGAACGAAUCGGUCCCAUCCUCCACCGAGAUUUAUCGCACCGAGGAGCAAGAGAUCGAGCUGCCGGCGGCCAACCGAACGGACAAGCUGGUCAAGAUACACCGGGUGGUCGAAAUCUACACGAAGAACACAAGCAAUCCGGACGAGCUGCCCGUCAUGCAGAAGCUUGGUGAGAUCAAUCGCAAGAUUAUCAUACGGCUGGUAGAACCGAACCGGGCCAACAAUCGCACCACGAGCGGCACCAGCAGCAGCAGCUACACCACGACCACGCUCGGUAGCGGUGCUCCGGUAACGGAGCGUGCCGACGAUGAGGAUACGGAUAAUGGGCGAGGUCGCACCGUCGUCCUGUCGUCGAACAGUGUGUUCACGGUGGAGACGUCCACCAUUCCUCUCGAAGGUUUGUUUGAUCCGGAGAAGGGUGUCGGAUACCCGACCACUGACAUGCCACCGCAGGCAGAUAGCGAACAGGACGUGCCAACCGUGGCUCCGCAUCCAGAAAUUGAGCGCAUUUCGAGCGUAGACUUUAGCUCGGCAACAGGUGCCAGCCCGCUGGAACAGGACGACGAACUGCCGGCAGUGACGCAGCUUGCUGCAGAGACCGAUCGCUACGUGCAGGUAACUAGCUUGCGGCCGGACUUGACAGACGAUACGGAUACGGAGUCGAGCAACGAUGACAGACAGCAGCAGGGCAACGGGUACAAACCACAGACCACUGACUACUACCUUGCCCCGGCCGAUGAACUAACCACGACGGCAACGGUAGCGGCAGAACCGGAAGAAACCACCUUCAAAAGCGUGACGAUGAGUACGACCCGCACCACACCGGUAGUGGUAUCGUCCUCGACUCAGCGCGAAAUCGUGCACAAGUACACACUGCCGGCCGAGUUCUCUUUCCAAGAGCCGUCCAGCGAAACGACCACCACGAAGACAACCACGACACCAGCCACCACCACAACCACCACCACCACCACCAGCUCAUCAUCAGCUCCGGAAGUACUGACGACCACGGUGGCGGACCUACCGUCCGGCAGUAGUACGGUGGUCGAUCGCGUACAGUCGCUGGUGUUGCCAAGCAAGGAGAGCAAGAAAAAGUACACCAAGCGCCCGGAAUCGGUCCUUACUGCGUCGCGGGUAUCCGACUUUGCGUACAGCAGGGACAGUUCCGCCGAAGCUGACAAUGAGCGGGUGAUAGCGACUACCGAACCACUGUUCAUGACCGAACCGGCCCCAGCCACCACGACUAAAGCCACCAACACACGCCACUACACAAACAAUCGCAAGUACGUGUCGUCGCUAUCGCUGCGGCCUAACUUUAGCACACCGGAAGCUACCCAGAACGUUGGUGGUGGUGGUCCAUCGUACAGGAAGUCGAAAGACAUUCCCGUGGUACCGCUACCGAAGGUGAUCAGCUCAAAGUCGGCUACGCAACGCGUACCCACUACUACCGAAUCGACGACUACGACGACCACGACGACAACGACGACCACGCCCGCACCAAUCACUAAGAUCGACUUCAACAUCAAGUACGUGCUGCCGGUCAACCUGCCGGACGCUAACUCGCACGAGCUCAAGAUCGAAAGCAAGAAUGACAAGUACAGCAUACCGCUGUCACCGAUACUGAGGCCAGAUUUUAUCACGCGCGAAAUAUCCGGCGAACGGCAGGAUCGUCAGUUUUCGCCCGUCUACCGGCCCGAGCUGGAUAACGAUGAGCUGACGCGCCAACUGACCAGCGACGCCGAUCCGGUCGCACUCGAGGCGGAACAUCUGGACCGCGAAAUACUUGGCGACGGUGACGGUAGACAGUCGGCGGAGAGUGGCGCAUCGCUUGACAGCGGUACGGCAGAACAGCUCGUCAGCCAUAGUAUACCGUCGUCCGCGGCAUACUUCUUGCGCCGUACGGCCGAGGUUUACCGGCGUCCACAGGUGCGUCCACAGUACCGUCCGAGUUUGAGACGUCCAUCCGGCAGCGGUAAGCCAAGCACGUCCUCCAGAGAGCAGCAGCAGCAGCCAGACACCACGACCGAACGCACUAAGAGCACGCGACGCUCUGAAGUGCCCUCUGCCAGCAUCGAGCAGGCGACCUCCGAUCAGCAGCAGCCGACGACAACGCCGGCCCCGUCACUGCUGGUACGCCGUCGCCGUCCCACCACCGCCUCGAGCUAUCUGGCCAAAAUUGCGAACCGACAGCGGCCGGGCACUGUGAUGUCAUCGACGGAGGAAACCACCACCACCACCACCACCAUCACCAGGUCCGAGGUGUCGCAAAGCAACCGAGUCAGCAGCCGUCCGAACCUCACCAACAACAGCUUACGGCGCAAAUAUGGACCCGCUAAUAGAACCGGUUACACUGGCAGCACGGCGGCCGGUGCGGGCAGCGAGAGCACCACCGCCACCAUCCCCAACGCUAGCAGCGAGGCGAGCCCAGGUGCAGAGGUAUCCACUCGACCGGUAAACUCAUUGUUUAAACGGCGAAACAAUGGUUCUCCGCUGACGCGCACCACAACACCGACCCCGCUGGAAGCGAACCCAUCGUCAACCGGAGCCCCGGUUAGCAGUAAGUUCUUCAAGAAAAAUAAGUACCGCAUCGGUGCGCCCGGCGCCGGACCAACCGUCGAACGUAGCAAUGUCAACGAGCAGCCAACAGUGCCACCAGCCCUGCAGACACUAGAUCCGUCCGGUGUGGAUCAAAACAUUGAACCCAGCAUAAGACAGAACAGCAAGCUGUACAAUGCGAAGAAUCGCUAUCAGCAGAUCGGUGAGCAUGACGAUGGUGAGCCGAUCGAGCAGGAGCUGCUCGAUGCGCUCACGACACUAUCCCGUGCUCCACUGCCUAUCGUCAGCACCACUACCGUACGCAACGGGUACGACGGUGUGGUGGACAAGGAGUGGGCAAGCCAACAGCAGAAGCAGGCCCCGUUUGUGGCGGAAGUGAAUGGACGAGCGACCACGCACAAGUACAACGUCACACACGACUAUCCUAACGCGCUCGGAUACAGCGUCCCAGCACAGGCGACGUCAACGCACAAAUUGCAGACACCUAUCCAGCGACCCCGUAUCGCAACGCACUCCGAGUACUACUACCAGCAGACGACACCGGGACUCAUCUACAACUCACCGAUCGCAACAGCUACCAUCAGUCCACGGCAGGACACAACCGUCCUGGCGCAGUUCCCGCGUAACCAUCAACCGGCACACUACGAACGGCAACCGAGCAGUGGCAGAAGAAAGCAAAAGGAUGACAUUACCGGACGUACCUAUCGUCCUGCGCCAAUCGAUUACGAUUACUACGAUGAUGGAGAUACUCGCAAGGUUGGGAAAUCCAGUUCGCAGGUUAAAGUGAUUAUGCACGGACCAGGCAUUAUAGAGUGUCUCGAUCAGGGCAACUUUCCACAUCCGCUGUCAUGCAAAAAGUUCAUCUCGUGUGCCAAAAUGGAGAUCGGAGGCGUCAUCGGUUGGGAGUAUACCUGCCCGAAGGGUCUCAGUUACGAUCCGGUCGGCGGCAUCUGCAACUGGUCCGCCGGGUUGGGUUGCAACGAAUGAAGCGUGAGCGGACCAUCACCACCGGCCCCGACCUUACUCAAUUACUUUAAGCGUGUACAUCCCGUCCUGCCGCGUGUGUGUCUGUAGUUAAAUCUAGCAACUCAUUAUUAAGACUGGUGUCUGCUCUCUACCUUUUGGGCUAGCAUUUUAUAGCAUCGUUAACAUGUGUUGUAGCUACAUUCCUCCUAGCAGGGCGCGUAUCCCGGGCUAGCGAUCGAUUGAGCCAAAGCCGGACGAUCAGACUUUAGAAUUAGCAAUCACGAUUCCAUGCUGGAGGCAAACUUCCGGAGCGAGGUAGUGUUAAGGAUUUUUUUUUUUGUCAUUUAGUUUACCCACUAGUUGUUGUGUGAAAUGUUGGGCAUCCUCUUACUAUUCUUAACACGAUAUUACAAUCCUUCUUUUUUGUGAUAAAGUCUUGAUAGAUUUCUCCAACAGCUUUCCCAGUGUUUAUACCAGCAUUACUUCUCUUUUAUCAAACAAAAUCAGAAGAUUGAGGAUUUUCUUUUUCGAAUGAUGUGUCUUUGUUUUUGACGUUGGGUAUAUUGACUAUCCUCCAAUCCCUUUUAGUAGUUUCAUUUGUUCGAUAAAUAUGCACCGAAACAUUAAGGAUGGAUUGCCCUUCGCACUUUUGUUUUCUACCUGUUUGUUUGAUCUUCGACAAGAACUGAUUCUUAUUUCAUGCAUCAUUACAUUAAAAUUGCAAAAAAAAGGUUUAAUAUUUUUUGCAGGAACAAAACUCAUCCGUAGAGAUGUAGCGAUAAAAACACACACACACAUACGAACACACUGUUAAUGUUAAUUUACUCCAUUUUGUAAUAAAUAGACAUACAAAGAAAAA